AUGUCAAAUUUUAAAGGAGCUCAUGAAGGCUCCUAUCUAUUAGAUAGUACUGGAGGUGUAGGUGCAGUAAUAACAACCAACAAUGAUAAUACAUCAAAUAAUACAACCAUAUCAUCUCCAUCUUCAUCAUCAUCUGAUAGUACAACAAGUACUACGACGACGACGACAACAACUGGUAGUAUUCAAUAUCAUAGUCAUUCACCAAAACUAUUCGAGUCACCUGCAAUGUUAUCAAAUCAACGUUCUCAAAUGUCUAGUAGUAAUCCAUUACUAGUUGGUGUUGGUUAUGAAAACCCUCAAGAGACUGAAUAUGGAGACGAUCCAUUACCAACUUUAACAAAGAAUAAUCAACAUAAUAAUAAUAGUCAUCAUAGUCAUAUUACAAAUGGUUUAAGAAAUCGAUUACAUAAUAGUACAGAUAAUUAUAAUUUACAACAACAAUUACCGCCGUCGGCUCAUAUUUCAUCAUUGUCAUCAUCGACAGUAUUGACAUCUGUUCCAUUAAACUCACCCAAUCUAAAGAAUCAACCACCAACAUCAACCUAUAUACAUCCACCUCAUUCGUCACAAAUACCCGAUACCUAUCUAUCGAUAUUGGGAGCUUCACAUGGUGCCGUCAUCAAAAAGAAACGUGCUGCAGUUGCACUCAAAGAUGGUCGUAAAUGGUUAACCUAUAUCAUCAUUAUUCAAACUGUCGGUAAUCUAAUCCGUGCCCUCCCAAUCUUUAUUUUAGAAAGAUAUUAUGUAAUGUUAUUAAUUUUUAUUCAAGCAUUAUUUUUAAUACUUGGAUCAUAUGGAGUAAAAAGAUUAAAGAAAUAUUUAAUAUUGUUAUAUACAAUUGGAUGUUUUGGAACAACUGUAAUGGAUUUAAUUAUAACGUUUACUUAUGCACAUCAUCAAAAUCAAAGACCGUUUAAUGAAGCACAAGUGGCAUUUUGGAGUUAUGUACUUUUUGUGGCAUUGCUUUGUACGUUGAAUAUCACUGGAGGCAUUGUAUUGGGAUUAAAGAUGUUUGUGUCGUUGCACACACUCUCUGAAAAGUCACAUAGUGGAUUGGUGUUGUUGGCUGCCAACAUGGUCGGUAGUUUUGAGGGUCAAGACGAUGAAGAUGCCCCUCAAACUACCAACGGCGGCGGUGGCAGUAGUAGCAGCGAAGAAAAAUCGAAAAAAGCAAACAGAGCCAUAUUAUAUUACGGGUCGGAUGUUGAAAAGGCAAAGGCUACGAUGGCAAGUUACUCUGUUGGCAUAUCAUGGUACGAGUCGAUUAAAACAAGAUUCUUACAACUCUUUCAAUUCUCGGGUAGUACACAGGGUCACCCAUUGUCUGCCAUUUCAUUGGAUUUCAAUUCACACGUCAAACCAUUUGCAUCAAACGAGGUGAUCACCUCUAAAUACAAUGUGAUUACCUUUUUCCCAAAAGUCAUCUUUUAUCAAUUCUCAAGACUGGCCAAUCUCUACACGCUCUGUAUCGUCAUUCUCUGUAUGUUUUCAUUUUCUCCCGUCGGUCCCAUAUCCAGUGUCACACCACUUUUGGUGGUCAUCUCUGUCAGUUGUUUCAAAGAGUUGGUUGAAGACAUUAAACGUCAUCGUCAAGACAAGGAAAUCAACAAUCGUCUUGCUCGUAUCUAUCGUCCACCUCAGCCAUUUUCAGAUCGUGACGAUGUCUCUCUUUUAUCCUCUCAACCAUCUCAUCCAACUCGUGGUGAUUUUGAAUCUGCUUCUUGGAAAGAUAUUAGAGUUGGUGAUAUCAUCCUUGUAAAAGAUGGUGAAUUAUUACCUGCCGAUAUUAUUUGUCUUAGUACUUCAAGAAAUGAUGGUAGAACUUAUUUAGAGACAGCAAAUUUAGAUGGAGAAACCAAUUUAAAAUUAAAAACAAAUAUACAAAAAUGUGGAUGGAUAAAGAAUGCAGAAGAUUUGGAUAAAUUUAGUUGCAAGGUUGAUUAUGAAGGACCAAAUAAUGAUAUUUAUGGAUUUGAAGGUGUAUUGACCAUUUUAAAGGGUGCACCUGAACCAAGUACCAAUAAUCUUUUACACUCUACGAUUAGUGGAGCAACCAACUAUGUGCCCGUUUCAAUCGAACAAUUUUUACUGCGAGGUACCAAGUUGAGAAACACUGAAUGGGUCAUUGGUAUUGUCACGUAUACAGGUGUAGACACCAAGGUUGAAAUGAAUUCGACAAAGAGUAGUCAAAAGAGAAGCAGCGUCGAACGGUCGGUCAACAACAAGCUGUUGAUGCUCUUUUUACUCCAGACCCUUAUUUGUAUCACUUGUUCAAUCGGUCACAACCGUUGGCAUUUGGAAGACGACAAGGAGGCCAAACCAUGGUACAUUGGAAACACAAACACAGAGAAUGAUUUUAUCUAUGUCAGCUAUGUCAUUCUCUACAACACCCUCAUUCCACUGUCCAUGUAUGUCUCGAUGGAAGUCAUUCGUGUGUCAAACGCCCACUUUAUCGACAGUGAUUUGGAAAUGUAUGAUGCGACCAGCGAUACACCUGCACAAGCCCGUAACACCAACAUCAAUGAAGAAUUGGGUCAGAUCCAAUACCUCUUUUCCGACAAGACUGGUACACUCACUUGUAACGAGAUGGUUUUCAAUCGUUGCACUAUUGGUGGAAAGAUUUAUGGACCAAACGAUAUUUCCACUCAUAUUCUAAAGGACCUCCAAUCGACGGGCGUUACACCAGACGGCGAGGACAAUGGGUUGGUGAUCCACGACAAUAUGGAUGCUGGAAGUGACCCCAUCUCUAUCUAUUUAAAAGAAUUUUUAAUUUGUUUGGCCAUUUGCAAUACUGUGGUCAUUGAAAAGAACCAUAAAGAGUCUGGUGCCGAUCUCGAUUAUGUUCCCACCAAGGCCAUCCCCAAGUAUCAAGCGUCAUCACCAGAUGAAGAAGCAUUGACCAUUGCAGCUGCUCGUUUUGGCGUCAUCCUAAAAUCGCGCGAAGACAACAUUAUCACAAUCAGCUACUAUGGCAAGGAAGAGCGUUACGAAUUGCUCAACACACUCGAAUUUAACAGUUACAGAAAGAGAAUGUCUGUCAUUGUCAGGACCGAGAGCGGACAGAUCCGUCUCUACACCAAGGGUGCCGACAAUGUCAUUUUGGAACGAUCCGACCGUGCAUCACCCAUGCCAUUCGACAUGCAUGCAGUGACCGAAGCACAUCUCAGCCAAUUUGCCACAUGCGGACUUCGAACACUCUGUAUGGCCAUGUCUAUACUCGACACUGACCACUACAUUGCAUGGAGUAAAAAGUAUGACGAGGCUGCUGUAUCAUUGUCAAAACGUGCCGAAAAAAUUGAUCAAGCUGCCGAACUCAUUGAAAAGAACUUGGUUUUAUUAGGUGCCACUGGUAUUGAAGAUCGUCUUCAAGAUAAUGUACCAGAAACUAUUCAGUCUCUUCGUGAGGCUGGAAUCAAGGUGUGGGUAUUGACUGGUGAUAAACAAGAAACAGCCAUUUCCAUUGCUACAUCGUCGUCAGUCUUGUCAAUUGGUAUGGAGUUGAUCAUUCUUAAUGAAUCGUCCAAGGAAGGACUUAUGAAACGUCUACUCGAUCUAGUUCAUCAAAAGAGAUUAGUUUCAUUCAACGAUUCACGUAAAUGGGGUCCUGAUUGGAUACAACGUUUGGCAAGAAAGUUAAAGCUAGAACCAUCCGAUGCACCAUCCAUCCUUAACAGAACCACCGAAAAACAAAUCCCCAUCGCUCUCGUCAUUGAUGGUAGUACAUUACAAUUGGCACUUGACAAGGAUCUGAGAUAUCACUUUUUACAAGUUGCCAAGAGUUGCGAAUCGGUCGUUUGCUGUCGUUGCUCACCCUCUCAAAAGGCCAAAGUUGUCAAGCUCGUGUCAGAGAGAUCAUUUUUGUUUGGAGACGGUGCCAUUACCAUGUCUAUUGGUGAUGGUGCCAACGAUGUACCUAUGAUCCAAAAGGCACAUGUCGGUGUUGGUAUUAGUGGUCGUGAAGGUAUGCAAGCUGUCCUCGCAUCCGACUUUGCCAUUGCACAAUUCCAAAUGUUACGUCGUCUCCUAUUUGUACAUGGACAUCGAUCGUACAAGCGUAUGACUAAGCUGAUCCUCUACUCGUUUGCCAAAAACAUUGCCCUCUCUAUUUCACAGUUUUGGUUUGGCUUUUUCUCUGCCUUUUCCGGCCAGAUGAUCUAUUUUGACUUUCUCUUUACCCUCUACAACGCCCUCUUUACCUCGCUGCCAGUACUCAUGCUCGGCACGUUUGACCAGGACGCCUCAGACGAGGAGCUCAUCUCCAAGGCCUACAAGUAUCGCAUCAGUCAAUCCAACAAGCCCUUUUCGACACGCCAAUUCUUUUGGUGGGUGUUUGUCGGUAUGUGGCAGUCGGCCAUUAUCUUUUUCGUCACCUUUUUCGCACUCCAAUCGGCAACCAUCGAAGGAGGCAAAACACUCGGCCUCUGGUCGUUUGGUACGGCCGCCUAUCUCUACCUCAUUCUCACUGUAAAUCUUCAAAUCUCUUUUGUCACUCGCUAUUGGACACGUAACAAUAUUUGGGCAACCGCCAUUUCUGUCAUUGCCUCGAUCGUCUUUGUCAUUAUCUACAGUGUCGUCUAUUGGAUCGAACCAGAGGCACAGUACAUCAUCUUUGAACUCUUCACCGUGCCCUAUUUCUGGUUGCUCUACAUCAUCGUCCCUUGCAUCUCUCUCUUGCCAUUUGUCAUUGUUCACAUAAAUGGUUGGAUGUUUUCUCAUGACGAGGAUCAUUAUUACGGUGAAAAGGAUGGUUUCAUCGCUUUGGAUGAUAGUUCAAGACAUUAA